CAAGCGUGUCCGGCCCCUUCCCCGCCCCCCGCCCGGGCCCGGGCCCGGGCCCCCGCCUCCCCGCAGGCGGACUUGCCCGCUCCCAGGCCGGCCCCGCGCCCGGGACAGGGACCCGGCGGAGCGGAGCCGCAGCGCCAGCGCCGCGCCGCCAGCCCGUGCGCCUAGCGGAUCGGAGCUGUGCGCGAAAGUGCCGUGCCCCGCCCCGCUCCACCCGCGAGGAGCUCCAGCUCUUUCUCCAGAGGUACCUGCUGGGAUGGAGGAGGCUGGCCAGAGCAGGGAGGAGAUUUCCAUUCAGACACCUUCCAGGUGGAUCACAAGAAUCACCUGGGCUGCUUGUGAAAAUGCCUGUCCCCGGGUCCCACCCUGGCUGACUCAGCAAUCCCCGGGAGGGGCCCUGGAAUCUAUGUUUUCAGUGGCCCGAGGCAGCCGGGAUGACAGCUCUCCCCAGGAACCCUGCUACCCGCUGAGAAACAUGAUCAGCAAAUCCCGCUUGAAGCUCCUGGCCAUGUUGACGCUGGUCCUGAUCGUCAUGGUGUGGUAUUCCAUCUCCCGAGAAGACAGGUACAUUGAGCUUUUUUAUUUUCCCAGCCCAGAGAAGAAGGAGCCGUGCUUCCAGGGUGAGGCAGAGAGGAAGGCCUCUAAGCUCUUUGGCAACUACUCCCGAGAUCAGCCCAUCUUCCUGCAGCUGAAGGAUUAUUUCUGGGUCAAGACGCCGUCUGCCUACGAGCUGCCCUACGGGACCAAGGGGAGCGAGGACCUGCUUCUCCGGGUUCUAGCUAUCACCAGCUACUCCAUUCCAGAGAGCAUCCAGAGUCUCAAAUGUCGCCGCUGCGUGGUGGUGGGGAAUGGGCACCGGCUUCGCAAUAGCUCCCUGGGAGACGCCAUCAACAAGUACGACGUGGUCAUCAGAUUGAACAACGCCCCAGUGGCUGGCUAUGAGGGCGACGUGGGCUCCAAGACCACCAUGCGUCUCUUCUACCCUGAGUCUGCCCACUUCAACCCCAAAGUGGAGAACAAUCCAGACACACUCCUUGUCCUGGUAGCUUUCAAGGCAAUGGACUUCCACUGGAUUGAGACCAUCCUGAGUGAUAAGAAGAGGGUGCGAAAGGGCUUCUGGAAGCAGCCUCCCCUCAUCUGGGACGUCAACCCCAGACAGGUGCGGAUUCUCAACCCCUUCUUCAUGGAGAUCGCAGCUGACAAACUGCUGAACCUGCCCAUGCAGCAGCCUCGCAAGAUUAAGCAGAAGCCCACCACAGGCCUGCUGGCCAUCACCCUGGCACUCCACCUCUGCGACCUGGUGCACAUCGCUGGCUUUGGCUACCCAGACGCCCACAACAGGAAGCAGACCAUUCACUACUACGAACAGAUCACGCUCAAAUCCAUGGCGGGGUCAGGCCACAACGUCUCCCAAGAGGCCCUGGCCAUCAAGCGGAUGCUGGAGAUUGGAGCAGUCAAGAACCUCACCUUCUUCUGACUUGGGCAGGAGUUCUACCCAACAGUCUGCCCACUCUGCCACCUGAGCGGCCCCAUCCCUGGCUGUGGGGGUGCCUGGCACCAGCAGGACCUGCCUGGACUCACCGUCCCCUGUGUGGAGAGGGGUCCUGGUACUGGCCAGGUCUGAGAUGAGGCCGUGCCCCGGGCUGCUCUCGUGGAGGCCCGAUCCCGUCAGGGUGGAGGCCCUGGGGUGGCGGGAGGCCGUUCGAGGCAUGGGGUCUGUUGGCUGUGGCAUCCCUUCUCCACCAGCACCGGGAGGUUAUUUAAUGGGCUAUUUAAUUAAAAGGUAGGAAUGUGCCAUGGGCUGGUCCCAUGGCAUCUGGAAGAGAGGGCAUAGUACAGUGUUCUGCCCGCUUUUUAUAAAAAACACGAAAGUGCUGGGCCCACCAAAGCCUAGACCCAGAGCAGGCCUCCCAGGAGGGCAGGGAUGUCCGGAGUGGGUGGGUGCCCUCCAGAGAGGGGCUGCUACCUCCCAGCAGGCAUGGGAAGAGCACUGGUAUGGGGGUUCCACGGAGAAUGGGACCUCGUCUAGAAAAGAGGUUUGAAACCUAUCAUUAAACUAUUUUUCCUAAAACGGAA